GUUUAGUUUCAUGAAGUCUUCGGUUUGUGUAAACGUUUUCAGCGGACUAGUGCGGUUGUGUAGAGUGUGAAAUUUGUUUUUCUUUUACAAAAUAUACCCAAAGAAGAAGGAAAGGAAAGCUUUGCAUUUUAUUACUUUCGUGUGAGGAAAUCCGCAGUUCUUACGAAUGCGAAACAACUGUGUUUGCAAUUUUUCGUACGUUUCGAAAGAGUGCAAGUGGCGGAAGGAAAGUGCGGCACGGCAACGGUCAAAAAGUCGUCAAAAGGCAUAAGCCAAAGCGAGUUUUACGUAAAGUACUCAGGCAAUCAUACAUACACAUAUGCAAGUGUAUGCUUGAGUAGUGAAUAUAAACAAAUUCGAUACACAUUGUAGUCGUAUCGCGCCGAUUUUCUGUUUAAUUGUGCCUUCUGGUGCCAAAUGCCAUUGGUACUCGGCGUAGGCUAUUUUCGCAUUGAAGGAAUACAUACAUACAAAUAAGUGACCAAAUCACUGUGAAGUCGUGAGUGUGCAAAGUUAUUUGUGAGCUGGAAAAUGGGCACAAAGAUCGAGUACGUGGACACGACGCAUCUCUAUGCAACCAAAUACAUACGCAACUCAAAGGCCAUAGCCGUACUCUGGGCGAUAUUCACAAUAUGUUACGCUAUCAUCGGAAUCGUUGCCUUUGUGACGCCAGAAUGGGUUGGCGAUCCAGACAAUGAAAGUGCGGGACGCUUAGGUCUGUGGCAGGUGUGUCAGCGCGACGAGAUAUUCGACAAUUGCAAGCGCCGUUGGGAGACCAUACUUUCAGUGCCGACAUUCUCGUUUCAAUUGGCAACAUUCUUUAUGGUUGCGGCGGUGGCAUUGGCCUUGCUGACAAUCUGCUUCUUGGUAUUCUUGAUCUUUAUGAAGUCAACGAGAGUAUUUCAUAUAUGCGGUUGGAUGCAAAUCAUAUCAGCGCUUUGUAUGAUUGUUGCCUGCGCCGCCUUUCCGUUCGGCUGGAAUUCGGACGAUUUUCGCAAAAUCUGUGGACCCGAUGCGAAUCGUUUUGAGCUCGGUCUGUGCGGCAUCCGCUGGGCCUAUCCUCUUGCCAUAAUUGGUUGCAUCGACGGUGUUGUUUUGGCCACGCUCGCCUUUAUACUUGCCACGCGACAUGUGCGCCUACAGCCGGAUCCACUCUACCAGAGUUCGCUCUACAAAGGUGAGAUUAACAACGCUUACAUUACAGACGCUGUCAGCCUAGCCGGUUCGCGGAAGUCGCUGAAUCUGCAGCCCAUUUUGCUGGUGGCACCCCCGCACAACGUUGCCAUCAACGGCGAUGAUACGAUAUCGCAAUUCUCCUCGCGCACACCCAACCAUCGAUAUCGACCCGACUAUCCAAUGCAUCAGUUCUGAGGAUUGCGCCCGUUUUGGCCAACCUCCUGCCUUGUACACUCUGUGCUGCCGACCCAUUUUGUGAUUUGUGAUCCUCUGUGUGUUAAAUAUUUUAUUUUCUGUUUUGAAAACUCUUUUUAUUUUCUGUUGGUAUUCUGAAUGCAGGUUUUAUGGACUGAAAAAAAGUAAAAUCAAAACCUUGUAAUAAAAGCUGUGCCGCACUUGUGUGGCUACCUGUAAAUACGGUAAAUAGGAAUGUAAUUUUAUUGUAUUUAAAAUUGUAAAAUGUACAAUAGAAAAUAAGUGUAAACCUAAAUAAAUUAUUGUCUUUUUCUGAGUAA